CAAAAACUCACUAACCUCAAAAUUUCAGUAUUUUAGACAAUUUCAUUGUUAAUAUUGAUAAAAAUCAUAACGAAUUACAUAGAUAUCUAAAUGGCAGAAAAAAUUCAAAUAUUAGCUGGAGAAGUAAUUGUGGAUGCUCUCCCAUAUAUUGAUCAAGGAUAUGGACCAGGUGUUAGAGAAGCUGCUUUUGCUAUGGUGGAAGAAGAAUGCAGAAGAUACAGACCAACGAAAAAUUACUUAGAAAUAAUUCCACCACUAAAUGUGACUGCAUUUGAGACACCAAUGAUGCAUGCAGAGUUUGAAAGAUUACAGAAUCGCUUGCCAAUGGAUACAAUGUCAAUGAAAAGGUAUGAACUACCACCACCCCCUGGUGGAAAGCUAAAUGAAGUGGGUGCUUGGAAUGAGUGUGUUGAAAAUUCACAAGCACAAUUGGAACACCAGGCUGUGAGGAUUUUAAAUUUGCAACUGAUGUUAGAGUUUUGUUGCCCCACUUGGCAAAGAUAUUUACAAUCUCUGACAGAGUGUGAACAAAUUGCUUCAAAGAGGUUAGCUGAAUUGAAGCAAGCUUUGCAAGAGGUUAAUUGGCAGAGGAAGUCUAUACAAACUAAGGGUGGUGAAGAAUUAAGAAACUUGGAGGCAAAAUGGGUGGCAUUGGUGUCCAGGAAUUAUGAGAUAGAGCAGGCAUGUUCAUUAGCAGAGGAAUACUUUGCUUCUAUGAAACAGCAAUCUUCACAGCCUGAAGAAACUGAAGAAAAAAUGACUUAAAAUAGCACAACUUUAUUUGAUAACAAUUUUUAUUUAAUAAAAUAUACAUUAUAUGCCAAA